GGGCGCCUGGGUGGUUUUGGGUGUCACCUGUCCUUGCUGUUCUGCAGGUGACGGAGCCGCUGAGGCCACGAGCGUCCCCAGGGUCCAGGACAGAGCCCCCCGGGGACGGCCAACGGGCCCCGGGGUCCCCCAGAAGGCGUCCAUUUUCUGCAGAAGCCACCCCAAGAUCACCUUCCGUUGGGGACAAGCCACAGGACACACCGUAACGGCCAUGUUCGCCAACGCGUCGUCGUCGUGGUCGUCGUGGUCGCCGGGGCUGGACAACGCCACUCUGCUGGCGCUGCGCGACGCGCGGGUGUCGGCGGCCGUGCCGGCCGUGUUCCUGCUGGUGGCGGCCGUGAGCGUCCCGGUGAACCUGCUGUCGCUGUGGGCGCUGUGGCACCGCGCGGGCCCCGCGUCGCCGGCCUCGGUGCUGCUGGGCCACCUGGCGCUCACGGACCUGGCGCUGGCCGCCGUGCUGCCCCUGCAGGCCGCCUACCACCUGCGCGGACACUGGGCGCUGGGCCCGCGGCCGUGCGCGGCCGUCACGGUGGCCUUCUACGCCGACAUGUACGUGUCGGUGCUCACCGUGGCGCUCAUCGGCGCCGACCGCUACCUGGCCGUGGCCCGGCCCCUGGCGGCCGCCCGCUGGAGGAGGCCCGGCCCCGCGGCCGCCGCCUGUCUGGCCUGCUGGGCGCUCGUGCUGGCCGCCCUGUCCCCGCUGGCGGCGGCCGACCUGACGUUCGUCGUGCGGCCGCUGGGCGUCGUCACCUGCUUCGACGUGCUGCCCUGGACGCUGCUGCCCGGCCCCGGGGCCUGGGCCGCCUUCCUGCUCGCGCUGGUCGCCGGCCUCUUCCUGCUGCCCUUCGCCGUCACCGUGGGCUGCUACGUGGCCACCAUCCGCUGCCUGCUGCGCGCCGCCCGCCGCCACCGCCGCGACCACCGGGAGGAGCGCUGGGCGGCAGAGGGAGAGCGCGGGCGGAGAGACCACGGGGCAGAAGGUCGCGGAGCAGGAGGUCGCCGGCGGAGAGACCACGGGGCAGAAGAUCGCGGAGCAGGAGGCCGCGGAGCAGAAGAUCGCGGGUGGAGAGACCGCGGAGCAGAAGGUCACGGAGCAGAAGGUCACGGAGCAGAAGGUUGCGGGCGGAGAGGCCACGGAGCAGAAGGUUGCGGGCGGAGAGGCCACGGAGCAGAAGGUCACAGGCAGAGAGAACACGGAGCAGAAGAUCGCGGGCGGGGAGACCACGGAGCAGAAGAUCGUGGAGCAGAAGGUCGUGGGCGGGGAGACCACGGAGCAGAAGGUCGUGGAGCAGAAGGUCGUGGGCGGGGAGACCACGGAGCAGAAGGUCGUGGAGCAGAAGGUCGUGGGCCGGGAGACCACGGAGCAGAAGAUCGCGGAGAAGGAGGCCGCGGAGCAGGAGGCCACGGGGCAGAAGAUCGCGGAACAGGAGGCCGCGGAGCAGAAGAUCGCAGGCAGAGAGACCACGGAGCUGAAGAUCGCGGGUGGAGAGACCACGGAGCAGAAGAUCGCGGAGCAGGAGGUCGCGGGCAGAGAGACCACGGAGCAGAAGAUCGCGGAGCAGGAGGCCGCGGAGCAGAAGAUCGCGGAGAAGGAGGCCGCGAAGCAGAAGAUCGCGGAGCAGAAGGUCGCGGAGCAGAAGGUCACGGAGCAGAAGGCCACCAAGCAGAAAUUCGCGGGCAGAGAGACCACGGAGCAGAAGACCACGGAGCAGAAGAUCGCGGAGCAGGAGGCCGCGGAGCAGAAGGUUGCGGAGCAGGAGGCCACCAAGCAGAAGAUCGCGGAGCAGAAGGUCGCGGAGCAGAAGGCCACCAAGCAGAAGAUCGCGGGCAGAGAGACCACGGAGCAGGAGGCCGCGGAGCAGAAGGUCGCGGAGCAGGAGGCCACGGAGCAGAAGGUCGCGGAGCAGAAGGUCGCGGAGCAGAAGGCCACCGAGCAGAAGAUCGCAGGCAGAGAGACCACGAAACAGAAGGCCACGGAGCAGGAGGCCGCGGAACAAGGGGCCACGGCAGAGGAGGCCGCGGGAGGGGAGGCCGCGGGGCCGGAGGCGUCGUGAGCGGGGGCGGCCAAGGCGGGCACCGCCGGGCCGUGGCGCUGGCGGCCGUGGUGCUGCUGAGCUUCGUGAGCUGCUACGGCCCCAACAACGUGGUGCUGGUGGCGCACGUGGUGGCCCGGCUCUUCUACGGGCGCAGCUUCUACACGGCCUACAAGCUCACCCUGUGCCUCAGCUGCCUCAGCAACGCCCUGGACCCCUUCAUCUACUACUUCGCCUCCAGGGAGUUCCAGAGACGCCUGCGGGACUACCUGUCCGCCCUGCCCUGCCGGCCGCGGGCGCGACGGCGGGCGCGGAGCGGGGGGCACGCGGCCCUCCUGGGCUCGCGGGAGAGGAGGGAGAGCGGAUGCUGAGAGGGCCGGCGCACCGGCAGCCACGUCGCCACGGGAGGACGUGUGCCGAGAGGGCUGGGGCUGCGGUUCCCGUUCCGGGGCCGGGAGGACCGUGGGGAGUCCCAGCUCCCGUGACAGCGCCCCACGCGGGGACGGGCCCCCCACACCCACCCAACACGGGGUGCUGAUCGCCCACCCACCCCGCUGAGCUCCGCCCAGCACCCAUGAUGCCGUGGGGGGCGUUGGCCCACGUGGAUCCGGGUUCGAUUAAAAGGAAAG